AUGGAUACAAUAUUUGGCAGAAAUAAGAAGGAGCAGCUAGAACCCGUGAAGGCCCAAGUGACAGGCAGGAUUCCAUCAUGGCUGCAGGGCAUCCUGCUUCGCAACGGGCCUGGAAUGCACACAGUGGGGGAGACCAGAUACAACCACUGGUUUGAUGGCCUGGCCUUGCUCCACAGCUUCAUGAUUAGAGAUGGAGAAGUCUAUUACAGGAGCAAAUACCUGAGAAGCGACGCCUACAAUGCCAACAUCAAGGCCAACAGGAUUGUGGUGUCAGAGUUUGGGACGAUGGCCCAUCCGGACCCCUGCAAAAACAUAUUUUCCAAAGCUUUCUCCUACUUUUCCCAUAUCAUCCCUGAUUUCACGGACAACUGCCUGAUUAACAUCAUGAAGUGUGGAGAGGACUUCUAUGCAAUCACAGAGACCAAUUACAUCCGGAAAAUCAACCCACAGACUCUGGAAACCCUGGAGAAGGUGGACUAUCGCAACUACGUGGCGGUAAAUCUGGCAACAUCGCAUCCUCAUUAUGAUGCGGCUGGAAAUAUUCUUAAUCUGGGCACAUCCAUCAUGGACAAGGGGAAGACAAAAUAUAUGAUCUUUAAGAUUCCUGCCGCAGUACCAGAGGAUGAGAUGGGGAAGGACCCCUUGAAGCACAUGAAGGUCCUCGGCUCCAUCACCUCCCGCUCGCUCCUCUCCCCGAGCUAUUACCACAGCUUCGGAGUCACCGAGAACUACAUCGUUUUCCUCGAGCAGCCUUUCAAGCUGGACAUCCUCAAGAUGUCAACCGCGUACAUCCGGGGAGUGAACUGGGCUUCCUGCCUGAGUUUCCACAAGGAGGACCAGACUUACAUUCACAUCAUUGACCAAAGGACUGGGAAGCCCUUGCCCACCAAGUUUUACACGGACCCCAUGGUGGUCUUUCAUCACGUCAAUGCCUAAGAGGAGGAUGGCUGCCUUCUGUUCGACGUCAUUGCCUACGAGGACGACAGCCUCUGUCAGGUCUUCUACUUGGCCAACCUGAACCAGGACUUCGAGGAGAACUCCAGGCUCACCUCCAUCCCCACCCUCCGGAGGUUCGCAGUGCCCCUCGAGGUGGACAAGAAUGCAGAAGUGGGCUCAAAUGUAAUCAAACUGGCAUCGACGACAGCAAGAGCCCUGAAGGAAAAAGAUGACCGAGUCUACUGCGAGCCGGAGCUGCUUUAUGAAGGCUUGGAGCUGCCUCGGAUCAAUUAUGCUCACAACGGGAAGCCCUACCGCUAUGUCUUCGCGGCCGAAGUUCAGUGGAGUCCCAUCCCAACCAAGAUCCUGAAAUAUGAUGUUCUCACAAAGUCAACCUUAAAAUGGGGACAGGAGCACUGCUGGCCAGCAGAACCGCUGUUCAUCCCCAUGCCGGGUGCCAAGGACGAGGAUGACGGAAUUAUCUUAUCGGCCAUUGUGUCUACUCAUCCCCAAAAGCUGCCUUUCCUGCUUGUUCUGGAUGCCAAAAGUUUCACAGAACUGGCUCGUGCAUCCAUUGAUGUAGACAUGCACCUGGAUCUCCACGGGCUAUUCAUCCCGGAUGCAGAGGGGGAUACAAGGGAGCAGGCCCCUUCCCAGGAGCAGCGGGACAGGGCUCCAGACUGCCCCACGGCCCCACAGACCUGA